AGCCACCAGUUGCAGCCGUCGCUCGCGACGACGAGGAAGUCGCAAGCGCGAUAUGUGACAGGAAUUUCGUUUCUAUAUUCUCUGGAAAAAGUGUGGAUUUUUUCGACUAGAAGGUACACGAAAGUGCGUGCAACGUCUUCGCCGGGCAAACAAGCGGGAUAUAAUGCAGCGGCUGAGCAACGCCGACAGCAGGACUAUGUUAAGACCGCUGUUUGCGCAGUGAACUGAAGGAGACCGAGAGAGAGAGAGAGAGAGAGAGAGAGAGAGAGAGAGAGAGAGAGAGAGAGAGAGAGAGAGAGAGGUAUACAGCGAGAAAGAAGAGUCGCUGCUGAUUGAAAGUCGAUUUUGGCGCGGCGUUUAUUUUGAGGACGGGACGCUGUGAGAUGGAGGAAGAAGAGCGCGCCAACGACGAGGCGUCCGGAGCGGACGACGGCAGCGGGGACAAGGAGCUGGAGGAGCUCCGGGACAGGUAUGAGGGCAAGCUGACGGCCUCGCUCUAUACAGGCGUCCUUACGGUCACCGUCAUCGCCACUCUCCCAGCCAUCGUCUGUCUCCUCUGCCUCUACGAUGCCGAGAGCCUAAAAAGAGUGAUACUCCCUCUAGCGACUCUCGUGAUAAUGUUGGUCGUCGCCGGCUCUCUAUUAAUCGUCGCCCAGUUUCCGACCAGUCUGAGCUCGCGUCGAACCCGAAUCUUACUGGGCCUACUUGCGAGCUGUUUGCUAGGACUAGGCUGCCUGGCCCUUGGAGCACCCGUUCCCGCAUUCGUGGCCGUACUCGCAGUUGUGGCUACACUACCGAGGGUCAGAAGGCACAGGCCUUCGCUAGUUGGGUUCUGUCUCGCAGCACUGUACUUUAUCAAGCGGAUCGUAGUCUAUACGAUGGUUUACGACGAACAGUUGAAGGUGUAUGAGGUGGAGAGCGACGUGUUCUUCGUACUGACAGCCCUGAUCGCAGGCCUGUACUACCGGGUUCUAACCUCGCGCGCCCACCGACAAACUUUUGCCAGCACAAAGACGAUAAUCGAGUCGCGAAUCAAGCUCGAGUGCGAGCGCGAGCAGCAGGAGCAGCUGUUGCUCAGCGUCAUUCCUGCCUACAUCGCCGCCGAGGUCAAGCGCAGUAUUAUGCUGAAAAUGGCUGACGCAUGUCAGGAGGUCAGUAAACAUAAGCAAACAAGAUUUCACGAAAUGUACGUGCAACGUCACAACAACGUGAGUAUUCUCUAUGCGGACAUAGUAAACUUCACGCCACUGUCGGAGCAGCUGUCUGCAUCGGAUCUGGUCAAGACGCUCAACGAGCUCUUCGGACGCUUCGACCAAAUUGCCCAGGACAAUCAAUGCAUGAGGAUAAAGAUCCUCGGUGAUUGUUACUACUGCGUCUCGGGACUUCCUGUGUCGCGCCCAAAUCACGCCUACAAUUGCGUCAACAUGGGACUGCAGAUGAUUGAAGCUAUUCGAUUCGUGCGCGAGGCUACGGGCUUCAACGUCGACAUGAGAAUCGGCAUCCACACCGGAAACGUCUUGUGUGGAGUGCUCGGACUACGGAAAUGGCAAUUCGACGUCUGGAGCGACGAUGUCACUCUCGCUAAUCACAUGGAGAGUGGUGGUCUGCCCGGAAAAGUUCACGUGACGAAAGCAACGCUACUGCAGCUCGGCGAUCGUUUCGAAGUGGAGCCCGGAAACGGAGGUUCACGCGAAGCGUACUUGGCAGAGCACAAAGUUGAAACUUUCCUCAUCAUUCCUCCUAAGAAAAACAAGGAAGACGGCGAACUAGAGAACGGCAAGCUAAACCGAGGUCCCGGUCCAAUACCCUCCAGAUCAAGGCCGAGCAGCAAAAUGACAAAGUACGUGGAAUGCUGGGGCGCCGACAAACCCUUCGCCAACAUCGCUGAAGCUACUCUUGCCAAGAACAUUGGCCUAACCAGUAUAGCGAUGAUCGAGUCUAACCUGCUGAAUAACAACUCCACGUGCUUCGAUGUUAAACAAUGGUGUGGACGACGCGAGGGUAUGUCGAGUCUGACUUACUGGUUCAAGGACACAGGCCAGGAGCAUCAGUAUCGUGAACAAAGGGAUGAACAAUAUCCUUGGUAUGUCCUCGUCUCAACUCUCCUCUACCUGAUCAUGUUCUUCGUGCAGACGGUCUAUAUGCCCGGGAAUAUAACCAUCUACGGCUGCUUUGGUGCAGGUCUGCUCUGUCUGUCAAUGCUGUCAGCGAUCUCGUGGCUGGCGAGCCGAAACGGCAAAGGACGCUCAUCGAACGACAGCCACAUCGUCAGCAGUAGCAGCAUCGGUGAAGAACGAGUCCUACUCAGCCGCGGUAUCCGGAUAUCAGUCUACCUAAUCACGGCUGUGCUCGCGGUUGCCUCAUCCGUUGUCAGUCUCGUAGACGUCAAUCCUAAUUGGGAAAAGAGCAUGGCACCGAUGUACGUAGAGUGUGCGGCUAUCGCUCUAAUUGUAGCUUGGACGCAUCUGAGGGUAGGAUCACUGCUUAAGCUCUCAGUAAUGAUCAUCUCGAUUCUCACGCUUCUCGGCAUAUUUUCACAGUGCCAGGUUAUCCAGGAUUACUACUAUGAUCCUAGAAACGAAUUUUUCAAAGUACACUACCUAGUCCAAAUCGGUUUUCUGUUAGCUUUGGUCGGUUUAGUUCUACAUGUGCUCGACCGCAGAAUCGAAUACACGUCGCGUACAGAUUUUCUUUGGAAAAACAAGCUGAAAGUUGAACAGGACGAAGUAGAAACAAUGAGAGGCAUAAAUAAGAUUCUCCUUGAAAAUAUUCUACCGGCUCAUGUUGCCGGACAUUUCUUAGCGACCAGAGAAAACCAGGAUCUGUACCACGAAAGCUACAACAGUAUCGCCGUAAUGUUCGCCUCGAUUCCAAAUUACAAGGAGUUCUACGACGAAACUGACAUUAACAAGCAGGGACUCGAGUGCCUGCGGCUACUCAACGAGAUAAUCUGCGACUUUGACAAAUUACUGCUGAAACCCAAAUACUCCAGUAUCGAAAAGAUCAAGACCAUUGGUAGUACUUAUAUGCUUGCUUGCGGUCUGAGUCCAGGAAAAGAAGACGGUGACGGACUAAUCGAUCUUACCAAACAACGAGAACACAAUGUCAUAGUACUGGUUGAAUUUGCCAUUUCUCUUACGACCUUGCUGGAUCAAAUCAACCGAGAAUCCUUUCAGCGAUUUAAAUUAAGAAUAGGACUUAAUCACGGACCCGUGAUCGCGGGAGUAGUCGGCGCGCAGAAGCCUCAGUACGAUAUCUGGGGCAACACGGUAAACGUGGCCUCGCGCAUGGACAGUUGCGGCGAAAUGGGUAAGAUCCAGGUGACCGAGGAUACUGCUAAAAUUCUCAGGAACGCCGGCUAUGAGCUCAUCUGUCGAGGGCCCACCUAUGUCAAAGGCAAAGGUACUCUCACCACCUACUUUGUCAAGACUCCUUUCGACAACAAGGAAGACAAUUACUAGGCCACAUUCGAUUUGUUUAGGGGAUUUCCUUAUCUUAUGGGGGAAAAAACAAAGCAUUUUUGUUGGAGGUAGCUUCUGGCUUGAUGCAUUUAAAUGUAAGGACAGAUUUUGUAAAAUUAAUAAAUUUCUCAUAUUCUUUGGUAUAAUAGUUAUCUAGAGUUUUUUUUAGGAUUUAAUUAGAAAAAGUCAGUUAUUUUUGCAAGUUAUAGCAAAAGUAACCAUUCACUUAUAAACAGUAAUAGUUUAAAUUUGAUCCAAUGCAAGACAACGAAUCAAAAACAUAUGCAUAUUAUUAAUGGCCUAAUCUGUAAAUUUUCGAAUAAGACACACAGGUCGUGUUAUCGUAACUAAAAUGUCUAAAAAAGAACUAUGUAAAUUAAAAAUCAUGUACUAUAUGUGUAUAAUUACAGUACAAUCAUGAGAACCGUAAAGAUAGUUUGGUGUAUAGGCAUAUAUGUAAAGUAUAAAUUGAUUUCUCAUACCGAUAUAUAAGAUACAUCACCAGUUUUUAAUCAAAAAGAUGUCCUUGUUUUGCUCCAACAGAUUGACUCAUUAACAUUUGAUAAUGUAAAAUAGAUAUACCUGAAUAAUAGUUUGUUAUAGGCAUAAAAAUGUACACACAAAAUAAUAUUGAAUAUGACAGUUAUAUCUUAAACUAAGUAUUUUCCUAUUAAUGAUAUAAUAAAUUGACGACAUUUGUAAUUUAAAACCUUUUUACCUUAGUUCUCGACCUUGAAGAUGCAUACUUUUAUAAAUAUUAUUUCUAUUGUAAAACAAUUUUGAGGGUUUAUGAAACGUCAUUCUAUAUCAUCAAACAUAAUAUACAAUAGUCUUAGCAAAUACUUUCAUAAUCUUUUUACACUCAUUAUAUUUGAAUAUUGAAAAUGCUUGUUCAUUUAUCAAUGUGAUUCUGUGAAACUCUUAUCAAUAUUUACUAAAAGCGAUAAAAUUAAAUAUUACAUUUCGUUUGUUAACCAUAGAAAAAUAUUUCCGUUCAAAGUUUAUGAUAUUUAGGUUCUAAAGCAUAAAAAGCAUAGCUGUUUAGUUUAAAAUUGUCUAACUUUUAUAUACAGAUGAAAAUACCACAUGCUAUUUUCGUGGAUUAAAAAUCUGAUAGUUUCAAGCUGCAUUACAAGUGAUACAUUUUUUUUAAGAUAUAAAGUUUUUGUAUGUUAUAAAUCGAGCAGUGGCGUUCACUUAUUUACAAAAACUUUAUAAGAAUAGUCAAAACUAUAAUAAUACUCUCAAAAGAAUUUACUAGUCUUACAUUAUACUGUAAUCUGUAUCAAAAUAGUGUAACGUCAUGCAAAACCAAUGACAAACACUACUGCUGAAUUGUACUAAUAACAUCAAACUUUGAUCUUAUAUAGUAUCGGUGUAAUAAAAUCAAAAAAUUUCAUUUGUUAAGCUUACAAACAAUACGAUCGCAAAAGUUUAUAAAAACGACUAGUCUACUUUGAAAAAACUGAAUAAAGUCAUAAUUUAUUUUUUA